AGCGCGCAAUCUGUCCGUUAAUGUUGUUGUGAUAUGAUCGGAAGAAACCAAAAGAAAACCAAACCUAUGGUUUCUGAGCUUUGUCCCCUUGAUUUUUCGAGUUUGAAGAGGGACUUGGUCUCUGCAUACGUCUGCUCUAAGCAUGGCCACUGUUCUAUCAUUCAACCUUCUUACCAUACACUCUUCCCAAAUUAGUCCGUUUCCUAAAUCUCAAUCUCUCAGUACAAUCCCCUAUUCCUCUGUUCGUUCGCCAGCCGCGGGUCCUAAAUCAUCCCCUCAAAAGAGCGCUGUCAUUACUUCGCUUGAGAAUUCGCCUGCGGAACCUAAACCAAAACCAUCAAUUUCUCGUAAUCUGGUUGAUUCUCCCGAGCCAAGCCCGCCUUCCUCUCCAUCUUUAUCAAAUUCGUUCUCUGGUCUUAUCGGCCGUUUAAGAAAUGGGUUUAAGGUUGAUAAGCUUGGUUUAGAAAUUUUGUCAAUUGCGUUGCCUGCUGCCUUGUCUCUCGCUGCUGAACCCAUUGCCUCACUCGUCGAUACAGCUUUUGUCGGUCAUAUAGGACCCGUUGAAUUGGCGGCAGUUGGGGUAUCCGCUUCUGUAUUCAAUCUGGUUUCGAAGUUGUUUAAUGUUCCAUUACUCAACGUCACAACAUCAUUUGUUGCUGAAGAGCAGGCAUUGAUUAGUAAAGAGAAAGCUAAUAAUGGUUCUAGUGGAAUUCAUGAUGAUUGUGUGCAUCAGCCCCAAGGCAAGACAUACUUUCCAGCUGUGUCUACUUCUUUAGCACUUGCUUUUGGUGUUGGCAUUGUUGAAGCUGUCGCACUCUUUCUUGGGUCGGGAUUCUUAAUGAAUAUCAUGGGUAUACCUGUUGAUUCACCAAUGCGAGUACCAGCUGAGAAUUUUCUUACUUGGAGAGCAUUUGGUGCUCCACCCAUUGUACUUGCACUUGCUGCACAAGGCACUUUUCGUGGAUUUAAGGAUACAAAGACACCUCUAUAUGCCAUUGGUGCUGGCAACUUACUUAAUGCAGUAUUGGGUCCAAUAUUGAUUUUUGUGUUUGGUUUUGGCAUUGGUGGUGCGGCAAUUUCUACUGUGAUUUCUGAAUAUCUUAUUGCUUUUAUCCUUCUGUGGGAGUUGAAUGGCAAAGUGUCUUUGAUCUCUCCAAAUAUUGAUGGAAGAAGAGUUGUCCGCUAUCUAAAUUCUGGUGGUCUCCUUAUUGGCAGAACCAUAGCUGUGCUUUUAACAACGACACUAGCCACAUCCAUGGCUGCUAGGGAGGGGCCCACACCAAUGGCUGGUCAUCAAAUAUGCAUGCAAGUUUGGUUGGCUGUAUCUUUGCUCAAUGAUGCUUUAGCUCUAGCUGGUCAGGCUCUUCUGGCUGGUGGUUACUCCCAAGGAAAUUAUGAACAAGCACGUCAGGUGACAUACAGAGUUUUAGAGAUUGGUUUAAUAACAGGAAUUGGUUUGGGGACAAUAUUAUCCCUUGGAUUUGGAGCAUUUUCUAGCUUGUUCAGUACAGAUUCAGAAGUUCUGGAGAUUGCCUGGUCUGGUAUUCUGUUUGUUGCUGGGUCUCAACCAAUGAAUGCUCUUGCAUUUGUUCUUGAUGGGCUUUACUAUGGCGUUUCAGACUUCAGAUAUGCUGCCUACUCUAUGAUACUAGUAGGGCUUAUCUCUUCUGUGUUCAUACUUGGGGCUGCACCUGUUUUUGGUCUUGCUGGAGUCUGGACAGGGUUGUUUCUCUUCAUGACCUUGAGGGUGGUGGCUGGAAUGUGGAGGUUGGGCACAAAAACUGGGCCAUGGAAACUGGUUUGGGCGGAAAUGGAGCAGGAAAGAGAUCUAAGUGAGUGAUAUACUCAUAUAUGCUGGUAUGGUAUGCUCAUAACUCAAUGAAGGCAAGGUCCCAAGACAUGGCAUGAUGGAGUGCUCAACAUAUUAAAGCCAAUUGAGUAACCUUCAUUACCUCUUCAUUCAGAUCAUCCUCGUGUAAAUCAAAAUUUGAUCUUGUUAUUGAGACUGGCAGGAUUCAUUGGUGAGUGGCGUUUGUUGGGCAACUAACAACUCACUGCAUUUAGAACAUAGUUGAUUUUAGAGAGGAAGCUAGAAUGAAUUGGAUAUCAAAAAUUGUGUCAAGGACUUCUGGAGCCAAGUGCUUUUUGUUCAAGGCUUUUCCAACAACUUUACCUCAUCAGGGCUAGAUGUAUAUAUAAUUCAUGUUAUUUCCUGGUUGUUAUAAGGUGUAAAUUACUGUAUAAUGCAUAUAUAAGCUUGAGAAUAUAUCCCGAAUUAUUAUUAUUA